GGCGGCGGCAUGGAGGCGGCGGAGGAACCCGGGGCGGAGGAGCGAGAGGGGAGAGGGAAUAACGAGGUUCCCGAGAGCGAGCCCGACGCGCUGAGCGCGGGGAGCGGGGAGUCCGAGGAGUCCGAGGACCCGGCGGAGCCUCCGGAGCACGAAGGAACCGCGCCGGGCACGGGGAAGGAGGAGAGCGGCACGGAGGAAUCCAACGCCGGCGGGGAGCCGGAACCCACGGCCGACGCCGAAGCCCAGGAGGCGGAGGAGAGGGAGCGCGCGGCGCUGCUGGCCGAGUACCGGGCGCUGGAGGCCGAGCGGCAGCGCCUGCACCAGGCGGACGGCCGCCUGCAGCUCCUGCUGGGAGACGCGCUGCGGCCGCAGCGGGGCGAGCGGCGUGCGGACGAGGCUGGCGGGCAGGAGCUGUUCGCCCAGCGGCUGCUGGAGCUGCAAGAGCUGUGGCGGCGGCGGGAGCAGGAGGCCGAGAGCUGGCAGAGGCGGGUGGACGCCCUGCAGAGGGACUGCGCGGAGAGCGAGGCCGCGGCCAGUGCCGCCUGGGCCGCCUUCCAGGCGCGGAAGAAGGCCGUGGCCGUGCAGACCCUCUCGCGGCGGCGGGGCGGCAGGGAGGCGGCUCUCAGGGCGGUGAGCGACAUCCAGGCCCGGGAACAGGAGAAGGAGAUCUCCUUGCGAGAGGCCCGGCUGGAAAACAUCAAGGUGAAGCUUGAGGUCCGAAACCUGGAGAGCGUCCUGAGAGCCCACGGAGAAACGCUGAAAGGCCGCCACUUCGCAGAGAUCGGUCACAUGAAGAAAGAGAACCAGAAGCUCAAUGAAAAGCUGGACGGCCUCAACGACGAGGUCCUGAAGCUGAAAAAGAAGGUCGCUAAUGCAGAACGGAUCCUCAGCCACGUCAGGGAGAAACUGCAGUUUGUGGAAGCUGAGAACCGAGGCCGGAAGGCUGAGCUGAGAGACGUCAUGAGCGUCCUGCUGCAGAAGAGGGACGCCCUGAGCAAGAGCAAGCGGGCCAGAGACAGGCUGAGGGCACGCAACGUGAAACUGCAGCAGCAACUCGGGCUGCUUGGAGAGGAGAUGCUGCUGCGGGACUUUGAGGAGAAGGUGAAUGCCGUGGAGUUGUUACAACAGCAGCUGCAAGUGCUGAAACGUCACCACGCCGAACUGAUCCUCAAACAGAGGGAAAUUCAGGAAAAGAUGAGGGAAGCCAAUUCAUUUCUACCUUGAGGAUGAAAAUAAAGCAUUGAAAAGAUACAAACCACAGAGUUGUCCGUACCGCUCAUUUCUUAACGCGCUUCUUAUUGAGGAAGGUAUUACACGUGUGCUCCUGUAAAAGACUUCUGUAUGAUGUAUCAGUGUGAUGCAUUAGAUCACUGUACCCAUUCCUGAAUGAAGCCACCUACACGUACCUCCUAUUUAAAACAGUGCACAAGAGCACAGCCAAAAGCCUACACUUCUAGAAAACCAUCUCAAACGCUGAGUCCUGCGAGGCCACGGCAGUGUUGUUUAAGCAGAGCACCCAGAGCUCUAAUUCAUACCUUGACUCUGGCAACCUCUUUCCCGGUUCUUACAAUUCAGUAACAACUUCAUCUGUACAGCCACCACCUGUGCCUUCCAGACAGGUCCUAGGAGAUGAAGAAUUAACACUAGGGGUUAAGGUUCAUAGAUGUGGCUGAGGGCUGAGGAGGAACAUGAGGUAUUCACAGCAAACCCGACUUGCAUACAGCCAACUUACUACAGAAGCUCAAUCCCUCACUCAUUCUGUCAGCAGAACUGGCUGCAAGAUCUGUUUUGUUAGUGUACAAGAUGAAAGGUUUACUACUUCAAAUACAUUUGUUAAACUUCUCAUCCCAAUCUAGAGCUUUAAUACUUUUGUCUUUCAGCAGGCUCUACGUGGUGUGUGAUGAGGUACAGAGUAGCAU